GGCUGAUGAUGUCAUGGUAGAUCUCUCAGCGGAGUACAAAACAUGGUCGUCAUGAGGAAAUAAGACAGUUUGUUGUAAGUAAGCGACAGAGAUGAAACUGCAGCUCAGCGUCUUCACAGUCCUCAUACAGGUUUCACUUGCGGCGCAGCAGCAAGUGACUGUGAUGAAAGGUCAAACAGUCCACUUGAGCUGCCCAAUCACUGCAGCUCACCAGAACAAUGUGGAGUGGAGGAACCCUGAAAAUUAUAUCAUGUUCUUCAGUAAGAAUAAAGCUUUGAAGGACAAACGCUACACCAUCAACAAACUCUCUGAGUCUGAAUUCUCCAUCAGUAUUUCUAAUGUCACCUUUAAAGAUGGAGGCACUUACACAUGCCUUCAGUACAGCCACCCCACAACAGAGACAAAAGUGGAGGUCACUGUUGUAGGUUAUCCCAAAAUGAGUGUAGCAAAGCAUGAGGGAAAGUCUGCCAUAAAGUGUACUGCUGAGGGGAACCACUACCCUCCCCAGAUCUCCUGGAAAUUUAAUGAUGGGCCAGAGUUUCAUCGUACAGCUCAGGCCCAAGUGGUCCGCGAGGACAAAAAAUAUGUCUCAACGGAAGUACUAAGUGUCCUCCCUGGAAAGAAGAGAGAAACAGUGAGAUGCCUUGUUCGACAUCCAGCUCUGCAUUCACGUCAUCUUAUGAACUUUGUGAAAAUUGGACCAAAGAUAGCACAGUUCCCCUUCUCAACUACGACAAGCCCUCCCACAGCUCUGUCAACAGGGUCAACAGAGGUGCUGAGAACACGCAGCACCACCAGAGCAAUGGUUAACCAUACACCCACAGAUGUGAGGGGGACAUCAUCAGAAAACUCUGAAAGGUUAUCAACUUCUGAGGUGACAGCACCCACUGGAUUUCCUCUGAAGCCUGUUACAUCCACUCACUCACCUCUUAGCCAUACAGAUGACUCAACACGAUUGACAUCAUCCUCUUCAACCAGUAGGACGAAUGGCACUGACAGUAAUGCAACAAGCACAACAGGCUGGAUAUCUAUUGCUAAUAAAACAGAGGAGAUUGGUGCAGAAGGAAACAGAACAGUGGGUUCAGACAUCCCCAAGAUGCAGGCUGGAGCUGCAAGAAGUUCAUCAUUACUGGUUCUCCUGGUGACAUGCCUGAUAGUCUGUCUCCUUGUGGUGGUGAUUUUUAUCACCAUCAAACUAAGAAGAGCACAUAUUGCCUGGAAGAGAGAGAAUGAAGACUCCAAUCCGUCAGAGGAGAGCAGCAAAUCAAAGUCAAGCCAGGAAGAGAAGAGUAUUCAGCAACAAAGGCGCAGGGGGCUCUUAAACACGGAAUUCACAAAGUAUGUUGUUGAUGAACAAACUGCGACCACCACAGCGACCACCACAGCGAAUGCAUCUCCGGAGAGCAUGCAUCAAAAGCAGACUCCUCAACCUCAAAUGCUGGGAAGAACUUUAGCCAAGUGUGACGUAAAGGAGACAGAGCUUUAACAAUCAAUGAAAUAGUACAUUCAUGAUGACAGAAUUUGUAUAACUAUGUGAAUGUAAAUACUACUGUGUAAUAUUUGUAUAGAUUUGUUUUUGA